GCCGCUAUCAGCCUCAAACAAUAUUGCGGUUAAUAUACAUAUAUAUAUGAAACCUCUUCUCCUUCCCUACGGACCACUGAAACGAUAUAUACCCUUGAGCUUCAAUGUCGCAGGAUUACAAAGCAGACGAAAAAGAGGUGAUUUCGCAUUUCGAACAUGUGGAUACACAAAAGGAAGAUCUAGAGGAUGGACACAAGAGGCGAAAAGUCAAUAACCAACUCGAUGAGGCAGCCAAAAUCUUAGAAGAGAGGGGGGAGAUAGAAUACACCAUAGAGGACAGCAAAAGAGUGCUUCGUAAGAUCGACAUUUAUGUGUGCAUCCCUAUGUGCAUGGUCUACAUGUUGCAGCAGUUGGACAAGAUGACUAUUAGCCAGGCUGCUGUCUUUAACCUACAAGAGGAGACCAACCUUCAAGGUAGUGAAUAUUCGUGGCUUACCUCUUGUGUUUACGUGGCACAACUUAUAUUUCAACCUUUAUCCUCCUAUGCACUGGUAGUCUUCCCAGUAAAAUAUUGGGUCAUGUUCAACUUCAUCUCAUGGUCUAUCGUAACCAUAUGUACCACCGCCGCCACCAACUUUACCGGUUUGCUCAUUGCUCGUAUUCUUCUGGGAGCGUUCGAAGCGACCAUCUUGCCAUCAUUCGUUUUCAUCACUCAAAUGUGGUGGACUCGACGAGAACAGUCUUACAGGACUGUCGCCUGGCAAAUUGCAAAUUCAUGUGCCGCCAUUUUUGGUCCUUUGCUGGCCUUUGGUGUUGGUCACGUCAGUUCCGGUAUCAAACCCUAUCAAGGAAUCUUUCUGUGUAUGGGUGCCAUUUCGCUUGCAUGUUCACCUAUUGUGUGGUGGCUUCUUCCCAGCUCUCCUACUACCGCUCGCUUCCUCCGUAAAGGGGAUGACCGUCAUAUUGCCUUGGACCGCCUUCGAGAGAAUCAAAUGGGUACUAAAUCCUCAAAGUGGAAAUGGAACCAGGUGUGGGAGACUUAUCGAGAUCCCAAAACCUACAUGUGGGCUGCCAUGUAUUUUUGCACUGCUACUCCCUCCGGAGGAAUUGGAGCUUUUAAUGGGUUAAUCCUUAAAGGAUUUAAUUUCAGCUCUUUUCAGACGACAUUGAUGUCUAUUCCAACUGGGGCUAUUGGCAUUGUCACCCUUCUCAUCGGUAUCUGGCUCACAAACCGAUACAAGACGCGUUGGGCCGUGUUGGUGAUUAUCACCCUUUUCCCUAUCGGUGGUAUCGCAGCGUUGUGUAAUGUGCCUAGAGAUAAUACUGGGGGUCUGAUGGCGUCCUUUUACAUUGCAUACCCUCUUGCGGGUAUUCAACCUUUGUUGUACAGUUGGGCUGGUCUGAAUGCAGCCGGAACGACAAAACGUGUGGUGGUAUUCGCAACAAUGUUUGUCUUCCAGUGCGCUGGCAAUAUUGUAGGACCACAGUUAUACUUGAAGGAAGAAGAGCCUUACUACCACACUGGGCUUUACUCAAACCUUGGAUUCUACGCCGCUCUGGUUGUUCUCAUGGUCUCCAUGUCGUUCUACCUGCGAUACCUUAACAAGCGUCAAGCCAAACGCCGUGCAGCCCUUGGUCUUCCAGAGGAGCUGGAAGACAUGUCAAUCAUGACUACUGAGGAAGCACAACGAUACAAGGUCAAGUUAGCUCAGCGGAUGAAGGAGCAUGGUUUGGAUGAGGCGAAGCUGUACGAGAACGCGUUUGACGAUAUGACAGAUAUGGAGAAUCCGGCAUUCAUCUAUGUAUUGUAAACUAGAAGAUUUGAACUUAGAAGCAACUUUUGAUGAUAAUCUUCAGAGUAGAAAGUUGAUCUUAGAAGCGGCCUCCUUCGUACCGCU